AUGGACCAGUCCCCCGGGUCAAAAAGCAAACACUCCGCUCCGAGACAUCAGGAGUCUAACCCACAACCGCCCGAAGAGAGGAUGCCUCAGGACCUCUACGCCAAAGGAACACAGAGAGGACGUGUGCGCUUCGGACGCGAGACCCGGUCCAGUUAUAGACCUGGACUGAGGCCGGGACUCCUCUGCAGUCUGGAGUCUGGAGUCCACUUUGAGUCCACUGCAUUUGGCCCGUUUCCAGUGUACUCACCUCAUCCCUGGCUCUGUGAGAGUGCACUGACCGCUGGGCUUCUGCUGCUGCUGCUGCUGCUGCUGCUGCUGCUGUUAGGGUUCACUGCUGAGCCUGGCCACCUCCUGCUCCACUCGGCACCGGCUCUGGUCCAUGACUUGCACCAGUUGCUCCAGCGGCAGCUCGGUCCCGGGUGUGAAGUACCACCACAGUGUCACGAUGCACCUCGGCCUGUACACUGCACUAACCCCACACGUGCAGGUCGUCCUGACAGCAGCCACAGCCCGACUCCCACACGACAGGAGCUCACUCACACCAGCAGGGCAGGACUCCACCCAGAGGACCUCACCCACAGACUCCACCCAGAGGACCUCACCCACAGACUCCACCCAGAGGACCUCACCCACAGACUCCACCCAGAGGACCUCACCCACAGACUCCACCCAGAGGACCUCACCCACAGACUCCACCCAGAGGACCUCACCCACAGACCCGCACCCCCCGCACCCGUGCUCAACUGUUUGCCACGGGUACCCAACCUGCUGCAGGACUCUGUCCAGAGGACCCCACCCACAGACUCCACCCAGAGCACCCCACCCACAGACUCCACCCAGAGCACCCCACCUACAGACUCCACCCAGAGCACCCCACCUACAGACUCCACCCAGAGCACCCCGCCCACAGACUCCACCCAGAGCACCCCGCCCACAGACUCCACCCAGAGCACCCCGCCCACAGACUCCACCCAGAGCACCCCACCCACAGACUCCACCCAGAGCACCCCACCCACAGACUCCACCCAGAGCACCCCACCCUGUGGGGGUCCGAGGGGCCCCUCUGCGGUGGGGGUCCGAGGGGCCCCUCUGCGGUGGGGGUCCGAGGGGCCCCUCUGCGGUCUCCAUGCGGAGCAGUGGAAGAUGCCCUCUCUCUCUCUGUGGAUGUGCCUCGUGCUGCUGACCACGGCCCCGCCCUCCAGGGGCCAGAGCGCCAGCGGCCUGCGCAUGGCGGCCAUCUUGGACGAGCAGGCGUCGUGGUGUGGGCGGGGCGAGCGGCUCGCCCUCACACUGGCGAGAGAGAGCGUCAAUGAACAGCUGCAAGGUUCAGCGCGAGGGAGAGUCGAGGUGGACGUGUUCGACCUGCAGAGAGACUCACAGUACCACACCACCGAGACCAUGUGUCAGAUUUUACCGAAGGGCGUGGUCUCUGUGAUCGGCCCCGCCUCCAGCCCCGCCUCUGGAUCCACCGUGAGCCACAUCUGCGGAGAGAAAGAGAUUCCUCACGUGAAGAUUGGUCCAGAGGAGACGCCCAAGCUCCCGUACCUGCGCUUCGCCUCCGUCACUCUGUACCCGAGCAACGAGGACCUGAGUCACGCCCUCUCCUCCAUGCUCAGCUCCUUCGGCUCGCCCACCACCAGCCUCAUCUGUGCCAAGGCUGAGUGCCUGCUGCGAUUGGAGGAGCUGGUGCGGCACUUCCUGAUCUCCCGGGAAACGCUGUCGGUGCGGAUGCUGGACGAGAGCCAGGACCCCACCCCUCUGCUCAAAGAGAUCAGAGACGACAAAGUGGCCACCAUCAUAAUCGACGCCAACGCUUCUAUGUCCUACAGCAUCUUAAAAAAGGCGAAGGAGCUGGGCAUGAUGUCGGCCUUCUACAAGUACAUCCUCACCACCAUGGACUUCCCCCUCCUGCGUCUGGACGGUGUAGUGGACGAUCAGUCAAACAUCGUGGGCUUCUCCAUGUUGAACACCAGUCACGCCCUUCACUCCGACUUCCUGCGCAGCCUGAACCUGUCCUGGAGAGAGGCCUGUGUGCUGGGACAGUACCCCGGGCCCUCGAUCUCGUCGGCUCUCAUGUUUGACGCGGUGCACGUGGUGGUGAGCGCCGUGCGGGAGUUGAACCGGAGUCAGGAGAUCGGAGUGAAGCCGCUCAGCUGCAGCUCUCCUCUGAUCUGGCAACACGGGACCAGCCUCAUGAACUACCUGCGCAUGGUGGAGUAUGAUGGUCUGACUGGACACAUUGAGUUUAACAGUAAAGGUCAGAGGACAAACUACACGCUGAAGAUCCUGGAGAAGCACCGCGGGGGUCACCGAGAGAUCGGGACGUGGUUCUCCAACAACACUCUGGCCAUGAACUCCACGUCUCUGGAGCUCAACGCCUCCGAGUCUCUGGCCAACAAGACGCUCAUCGUCACCACCAUCCUCGAGAGUCCGUACGUGAUGAGGAAGUCCCGGUACCAGGAGUUCUCAGGGAAUGAUCAGUACGAGGGCUUCUGUGUGGACAUGCUCCGAGAACUGGCCCAGAUCCUGCGCUUCUCCUUCAGGAUCAAACUGGUGGACGACGGUCUGUAUGGAGCUCCGGAGCCCAACGGCAGCUGGACAGGCAUGGUGGGAGAGCUCAUCAACAGGAAAGCUGACCUGGCUGUAGCCGGAUUCACCAUCACCUCAGAGAGAGAAAAAGUCAUCGAUUUCUCCAAACCUUUUAUGACCCUCGGCAUCAGCAUCCUCUACAGAGUCCACAUGGGCCGCAAGCCGGGGUACUUCUCCUUUCUGGACCCCUUCUCUCCGGCCGUGUGGCUCUUCAUGCUCCUCGCCUACCUCGCUGUGUCCUGUGUGCUCUUCCUCGCAGCCAGGUUGAGUCCUUACGAGUGGUACAAUCCUCACCCGUGCUCGCGGCACAGGCAGGACGUGGUGGAGAAUCAGUACUCUCUGGGGAACAGCCUGUGGUUUCCUGUGGGCGGUUUCAUGCAGCAGGGGUCAGAGGUCAUGCCCCGAGCGCUGUCCACGCGCUGUGUCAGCGGAGUCUGGUGGGCGUUCACUCUGAUCAUCAUCUCUUCGUACACGGCGAAUCUCGCGGCGUUUCUCACCGUUCAGAGGAUGGAGGUCCCCAUCGAGUCUGCGGACGACCUCGCCGACCAGACCAACAUCCAGUACGGCACCAUCCACGGAGGCUCCACCAUGACCUUCUUUAUGAACUCUCGGUACCAGACGUACCAGCGCAUGUGGAACUACAUGUACUCCAAACAGCCCAGCGUGUUUGUGAAGAGCACCGAGGAGGGCAUCGCCCGGGUCCUCAACUCCAAGUACGCCUUCCUCAUGGAGAGUACUAUGAACGAGUACUACCGCAGUACCAACUGUAACCUGACCCAGAUCGGAGGGCUGCUGGACACCAAGGGCUACGGCAUCGGCAUGCCCCUGGGUUCUCCGUACAGAGACGAGAUCACUCUGGGCAUCCUCCAGCUGCAGGAGAGCAACCGUCUGGAGAUCCUCAAGAGGAGGUGGUGGGAGGGGGGGCAGUGUCCCAAAGAAGAAGACCACCGCGCCAAAGGUCUGGGGAUGGAGAACAUCGGCGGGAUCUUCGUGGUCCUGAUCUGUGGUCUGAUCAUCUCCGUGUUCGUGGCCAUCAUGGAGUUCGUGUGGUCCACGCGCCGCUCGGCCGAAACCGACGAGGUGUCCGUGUGUCAGGAGAUGUUGACCGAGUUCAGAAAUGCCGUCUCGUGCAAGAAGAGCUCCCGUUCUCGCCGCCGCCGUCACCUCGGGCACCUCGCCAGCUCCGGGGCCGGGAUCCUGCGCGCUCCCUCCCGAUUGGCUCUGGCCGGCCCCCGUCCAAUCCGAUUGGUCCGCGACAUGCGCCUCAGCAACGGCAAACUCUACAGCGGCACGGGUACGCUGACCGGAUCUGUGCCGCCCGACCUGGGCCCGGGACCUCAGAGACUACUGGACGAGGCGCUGGGGCUGAACUUGUCCACAGCUCCGCCCGCUUUAGCAGUAGCCCCGCCCACCGCUCUCAUAGCCCCGCCCCCACCCCCUCCUCGCAGUUUCCUCCAGAGCUGUAGUCACGUCCGUAUUUGCCAGGAGUGUAGAAGGAUACAGAAUCUACGGCCGGCGAAUUUCACACCGCCUCUCCAGAGCUCCGCCAUGACCUCGAGGAUCACGCCCAACCCGCACCAAAACCCCCGCCUCCACUACCACUACCACCACGGGUCCAUGUCGUUACCGCGGUUACCCCAGCACGCCCCUCCCAUCGCGGCCGAGCGGGCGGACAGCGACGGGGGGACGGCCGGCAGCCCCAGACGAAGCAAAUCCAAACCGUUACCUCCGCCUAGACCCGUGCCUCCGGCCAAAUCGCCCACAUCCACGGACCUCCUGGGGUCACAUGACUGAGGGACAGGCUCCGAUUGGCUGCGUGGUGUCAUGUGACCAAAGGGUGGGGCUUGUGGCCGAGAGGGAACGGGAAAUAUUCAACAACAGCUGGAAAAACUGCAGUGACCGCCCAAAUGUGAAUUCAAGAAAUAACAGAAGGAGACGCAAACUAAAGUCUGUACGAUCCAGCAGCUCGGAGAUGACAGGUUUGGGAAUAGAAUGAAUGAAAACCGGACGCCUGAAUGGUUUGUUAUAGAGAGUAUUCACAGAAAAACAAAAUAAGGCAACAGAAACCAGGAUGAAUAAGCUCUUUUGUUUAAGGCACUAUGCGGAUUUCAGAAAAACUAGAAACUGAACAGCUGAAUGAUCAACCUACAUUAGCCAUGGCAUUAAAAGUGUUUUGGAGUUUAAGAGGUAUGUUGAUAUUCACAAAAGCUCAACCAAGCUUUUAGAAGUGUACAGCUGAACAUUCCCAGUGUGGUACUCGAAUAGAAGAAGGCCAUUCAGCUGCUCUCAAAGGUGGCUUUUUUUGUCAGACUUUUUGACGACUGAGCUUCAAAAAUAAUGUGAAGGCUAGUGAGCCGGGCUAAUGCACAAAUGUAGUUUAAUUCAGAAAUGCAAGCGUGAAGCAAAGUGGCCCCGUAAAAGCCUGGACGCCUGAAAGGACACAAUGGAUACGCAGUUUGGCUUUUUGCGAACAGAAACCUGCAGUGAGAGGCAAUGAAAGGCUCUAAACGGACAGCUGAAAGGUGUGGAAAAGACAGUGGUUGGUUUUGUAAGACUUUGAAACACACAUUUAAGAAAAGCGAAUGUGUAUCGAACAGAGCUGCCACCCCGGGGAUUAACAUGACUGGAGUAUGUGGGAUUCUUGCAAUAUUUUUGUAAUGACUGACAAAAACAUUGCAUCAGAAAGGAGCAGAAAGAAUUAUAAAUGGGAAUCUUUUGUCAAAUGUUUUUGUCUAAGGCUUAUGUUCUCAUGACAUUCAGAUACAGAAAGGACUCACUUGUUUUUGGAUGCUCUAAAGUGAUGUAUGUCGGCUCAGGAAUAAUGCACAGCUGUCUCUGCAUACUAAUGGAGUGAACUUAAGAUUGAAAAGAUUGAACUACAAGAAGAACAUGGCGGUGUUUUGACCUGAACAAGCUUUAGUGCUGCUUUCCUCCCGGGAGAAAUAAUUUGAAGGAGCCAUUUUAGCUUCAAUGAACAGCCGAAA